AUGGUCGCUAUCAACUCCCGCUUACGGACGAUUCUUCCCCUAGCCGCCCUCUUCGCUCUGGUUCUCGUCCUCGUCCGCUUUCACGAAAGCAUCAUAAACCUGGAUUCCCUCUACAACCUUGCGAAACAUACAAAAACCACGCCGUCAUCUACAAAUGAUAAGGACAACAAGCAGUCGCUCUCCGAAACUCCAGUCUACAAGCCAGCGCCGACGUACACCUCGCCUCCAGUGAUCGACCCCUUCCCUCUCCUCGCCAACACCGACUCGCCGCCCCCCUCGAUCCCCGCGCACAACGUCCCGCGCAACGACCUAUACAAAGAUUACGGCCUCGAUGCGCAGCCACCACUCUUCAUCGGCUUCACCCGCCAGUGGCCCAUACUCCUACAAUGUGUCGUCAGCUACAUCACAGCAGGCUGGCCGCCCUCCAGUAUCCACGUACUCGAGAACACGGGCGUCCAGUUCGCCAACGCCCAGGGCAAGCUCUCCCUCCAGAACCAGUUCUACCUGAACCACACGACUCUGAAGCGGCUGGGUGUAAACGUCAUUCAGGCACCCGCCCUGCUCUCCUUUUCGCAAAUGCAAAACAUGUUCUUGCACGAGGCGCAUAAGAACAACUGGCCAUACUACUUUUACUCCCACCAGGACGUCCUCGUCUUUUCCUUUGAGGACGGCAAAGACGACACUCACCGGCCCGGCGACCGCAAAUGGGAAUUCUACGAUGAGGAGGAGCAAAAUGAGAUCAUGAAUCCGCCUGCGGCGGGACAACCAGGCUAUCGAACCAUCUACGAGAACUGCCUACGGGAUCUCGACACCACAGUAAGGCGUAACGAGAGGUGGGGGUUCCGGUGGUACCAGUACGACCACUUGACGCUAGUCAACCGCGCCGCGAUGGACGCCAUUGGCGGAUGGGACUCGCUGAUUCCGUACUACGCGACCGACUGCGACAUGAAUGCGCGUCUGGCCAUGGACGGCUGGUCGAUGAAGCACCGUAGGGCGGGCAUCAUCAACGACAUUUCGACGCACCUCGAAGACUUGUCCGUCCUCUACAGGGUGCCCGGUGCGGUGCCGAAAAUGGUCGACCCGAAUCCCCCGCCCCCGCCUCCGCCCCCGCCGCCGGAAGAGAAGAAACCCGAAGAUGCAAAGAAAAAGCGAGACGACGAACUCGCAGCGAAUUCCACCAUCACAGACGAGGCAGAGUCCUUCCGCGCCGUGGUCCGAACGGGCCUGGAAAUGACAAACUACAAGUACAGAGACAGCGACCACAACCGCAACUCGUGGCAAAAGAGCCAGCACGGCGGCGAGGGCGAGCCGUAUUACUACGACGCUGCUGGGUUCGCAGAGGCCUUUGAGAUGCUGGUCGCUGCCGGGCGCCGGGUCUUUGAGCUGAAGUGGGGACGCGGCGGGUGCGAUAUCGCCGAGGGGUUCGGGUUAAAGAUUACGGACCAGUGGCGCGUCUUGCCCCCGAAAAAGAAGGAUGGUUGA